AGCUUUGUGUGCGCGUCUCGGCGAGAAGAGCGAAAGAGAGAAUCUCAACUCAAGCAAGGAGAACAAAAAUUUGGAGAUAGAAAUGGCUUCAACAGAAGACAUCAUUUGCGCCAGACAAAAAUUGUUAAUUAAAGCUAUCUCCAAAUUCGCUUCCUUGGAUUCUAAUAAUGUCUCUGCUGAGGCUGCGGAGAAUGAGGUCAAGAGCUUGUACAACUUUGACGAUAAGGCGAAGAAGUGGGUAGCAUUUGUAGAGAGAUUUCCAACAGAUCCUGCCUCUUGCUUUGAAGCUCUUAAAGAAUUAAAUAUGGAGCUGACUACAAUAUCUGUGCUAAAGGGAGAUGGGGUUAAACCAUCUGACGCUGAUGUUGUCGUGUUUGCGGCGGUACAUUCUUCUGUGAUUGGCCUUCCAAACUCAGAAAGGGAAAAAUUACCACACGUAAUGAGAUGGGUGGAUUACAUCCAGAACAAGGUGGAUUUGGGGGAUAUUUUUGAGAAGAUAUUGGUUGAGAAGGCUAAAUUUGAGCCUCAAUUGCUGGGAGCUAAAGCUGCCGAUAAGGUGGAAGUAGAAUCAGAUGCCAAGAAAACUGUGCAAAGUACAAAACCUGCAGAUAAGCCAGAAGCAGAGGUGAAGACAAAGAAAAGUGACACUGUGAAAAAGCCUGCCACAAAUAAGGAAGCUACUCAAGAAAAGAAAAAAGCAACCGAAGCAGAAAAUGUCGAGAAAGACAAAGAAGCUAGUGUCAGUUUGUUGAAUAUACAGGUUGGAUUAAUUUGCAAAGCAUGGAAGCAUCCAUCUGCUGAAAGCUUACUUGUGGAGGAGAUAGACGUUGGAGAGGCUAAAUUGCGGCAAGUGGUUAGUGGUUUAGCAAAGUAUUCCAGUCCAGAGCAGUUAACAAACCGUCAUGUUGUGCUUAUUACAAACGUAAAACCUGGGAAGCUACGUGAUGUGUUGUCAGAAGGACUGGUGUUAUGUGCCUCUAAUGAAGAUCAUACCGUUGUUGAGCCUUUGCUACCUCCGGCAGGGGCCAAACCAGGGGAGCGUGUUUCGUUUUCUGGGAUUGAUGGGAAACCUGAGGAUGUCCUUAACCCAAAAAAGAAGCAGUUGGAAAAGAUAACACCUCAUCUUUUUACUGACGAGAAGGGCGUUGCCACAUUUAAAGGAAUACCCUUUAUGACAUCUGCUGGGCCAUGCACUUCCUCCAUUCCCAAGGCUACCAUCAAAUGAUCAUUUAGAUUAGUGCUCCAUCAUACAACUACAACUAGGUGUGGGAUAUAACAGUGUUAACACUCCAACCCGUCCAAGUCGAAAUGUGUGACCUGAAUCAGGAUGCAUAGUAUUUAACUUUUAUGGCUCUCUUCGCUUUGCGGGUUCAAAUUGUGUAUCACUUGUGUUUCAUGCCUCUAAAGCUAGUUGAACAGCAAAAGGGUUAGGCCUUUGUUUAGUUGUUAUAAACUGCACGGAGUUUCGUGCUUCUAAAAGCUUAUAUGGGGCCAGUUUUGAAGUGGGGUUGAAAUAAUUUGGCCGAACUUCCUUGAGAUAAUUGAGUGGUGCACUGCCUUACCAAGUGGUACUGUCCUUGAUUAUUUGG